AACGUGUCAAUAACCCUACACGCUUCUGUUAGCUCGUGUGAAGCACUGAGCGGUCCUAGCAACCACGCUCAUAUUACUCCAUGUCAAGAUCUCUCAAGCGAGCCGGGGGGAGAGAUGUAAGUCGUCAUUUAAAAUGCACAAAGCUUGAUCAGUAAUCGAUUACAACCACUUAACAAUGUGAAAGUUAUAAGUGGGUGACAGAGGAUUAUAGGAUUUGUAGGUUGUGGCCGUCAUGGACAGAUCUGGAUUAUCCAGUAGGGGAACGGUAUCUACGGGACAACGCAGCGCAGCAGAGAACAUGUCCACAUCAUUGCAGCCGACGGGUUCUUCGGUGGGUUCUGGAUUAUUCAGGCGCCCAAUCAAAACAGCGCUGCAUCAGGCGGUGCUGGACUGUCGUCUGCAUCAGGUCCGGUUGCUAGUCGCCAAACACAACGUCAAUGUAGACUGUAAGGAUCUCCACGGCCGGACCCCCAUGAUGCUUGCCUGCAUGAUUGAAGAAGAGUUCGGUUACAAAAUGGCCAAGAUAUUUCUCGGUGCCGGAGCGUUUUUGAAUUUGAGAGACGCGCUAGGAAGGACUGCCCUGAGUUACGCGUGCAUGAAUGGACGUGCGUCCAUUGUGGGUCUAAUUCUGAAGGAGGACGUUCUAGACAUUAACGAGGCGGACAACGACGGCAACACACCGCUCCAUCACGCCGCCAGCAGCGGCAACCCGUCCAUAGUGGAGAUGUUAGUGGACUGUUUUGUGAAGUUCGGACUGGAUAUCGACACCAGAAACAGUCUUGGCUACACCUCUCUUCUCUUGGCGCUAAAGAAGGGGCAUUUUGUAUCCGCGCAUUUAUUACUAAAGAAGGGCAACGCCUCACCCACUUUACGCGAUAACGAAAUAUUUCUCAACGCCACCGAAUGGGCUCAGAGAGGCGGGAACGAGUCGUCCUCCAAGUACACCCCUCGCCGGACUCUCCCAUCUCUCCCCGCCAGCGCCACCACUCUGUCCUUUUCCCGCGAGUCGACCAUGUACCAGCCCCCCACCACCCAGCCCUGUAAUCACGGGAAGAAGCACAAGGACCAGCUGCCCUGGUCCGCGCAGUCGCUCAGAUUUCCGAACCUCCAAACGUCGCAAGAGUUCGAGAGAAGUGAAACGUUCGUGGAUGGGAUGGACGCCCGGCAGUUGGUUUUAGACGAGAUCGACGAUUUUGACUCCCUACAGCGUCCGUCGUCGUACAAAAAAGGCCGCAUUCCCCACCCUUCAACCGCCAAACUGAUCGCACUCUCCCGGCGGGCCAAACCAGCUAUAAUUCCCGACAUGACUACCAUAUUCCGAAUUUACUCUGACCAAUACCAGCCCGAGUGGAUGAAGAAACCGGCGUUAUCAAAAAGUAUCCUUGCCCUGUCUACUUCCUCUAAUUCAAACUCUGAGUCUGCCAUUGUGGAAACCUGUACUUGAAGGAAGGGUGACCACUGUCAUUAAAUGUGAAUAGAUUUCAUAAACAAGUGACAAGUCUCAGCUGUUUAAGGUGAUACUACAGUAAGCAAAAGUCAACAACUUGCUGUUUCUAGUUUUGAUUAUUCAUUUAUUAACAAACAGUGGUAGCUAAAACCGUCAGUAUUAUUCAAUGCCACACGCCACAUGUAUUUUAUGUGUUGAUCAAUUACCAACACACUGUGGCCCACAUUCAGUCUUUCAAUUGCCUAGCAUCAAUUUUUGUGCAUAUUUGUUGAGAGUGUUUUGUCCAUAUUAAUAAAAUAAAUCCAUGUGAACAAUC